AUGCAUUUCUACCAUCAAAUUGAUUUGUCCGGUUAUUUCGUUUUGUCCGGGUACGAUGAGAGUAAUAGCAAAAAUAGGGUGCUAACUUUGUUACUUGAAGAGAUUCGAGAAAGGAAAGGCCUUCAAGACAGGGUCACACUGUUAGGCAGUUUAGAACAUUCUAAAGUAAGGGAUGUGUUGAUAAAAGGUGAUAUAUUUCUUAACACUUCUCUGACAGAAGCAUAUUGUAUGGCUAUUGUAGAAGCUGCUGCUUGUGGAUUAUUGGUUGUUUCUACUAAAGUAGGUGGUAUUCCAGAAGUUUUGCCAGAAGAUUUAAUCUAUUUAACAGAACCUAAUGUUCCAGCCCUUAUGAAAGGUUUGGAUAAAGCAAUAAGCGAUUUAAAAGAAGGUAAAGUAGUAUGCCCCUAUGAAUGCAAUAUGCGUAUUAGGAAAUAUUAUAAUUGGGAAAAUGUAUCUUCAAGAACUGAAGUUGUUUAUCAUAGAGUUUCUCAAGAGUCUACAAAAAAUUUAGGGCAGCAAUUAAAUGG